CUGUUUCAUAAACUAAAAAAAUUAAGAUAGAUAAACAGCUGAAACAAUUUUCGUAAUCUAAGAAAUGACACCCAAAAUAAAAAUCUACUACGACUUCUACUACAAGUUUAUAUUUUCUAGAUCUCUAAUCUAGACCUUACAUUUUGUAGAAAAUUUAGGUUAACAAUGCCUGUGACAGCAGCUUUACUGGAGGAUAGGAUAAAUCAGUACAUCAAUGCUGUGGAUGGGGCUUCAGCAGCCCACGAUGUUCAUCAAGUCUCUCAAUUACAGAAAGAUAUUCAACAACUGGUGGAUCUGAUGGAAAGAGUCAAUUCUGGCCACACCAUUCCUGAAUCAGUGAUUCCACCACCAUUGGUGAUAGCUCCUCCGAUAGGCUUUGUGCCAAAUCCAAUGAAUGAGUUAGCUUCUCGGCUGUCUAAUUAUCACAAAGCAUUAUACUUUGCUGAGGAGGAACUUUCAGACAAGCGCAUGCAGAAAAUUCAAAGGUUACAGCAAGGUCUUCAGAUCCUGAAUGACUUACAAAGAAAUGUGGAGGCUGGCUACCCUGUCAGUGCUGAUGAGAUACCUCCCCCAGUUCCUAUUCCUUCAGAUGAUGAAUUUGAUAACAAUGCUGUGGAAACUAUAAGUGAAAGAAUAUCAAGUUAUAAAGCUGCACUGUUGGCGGCUGAACAGUCUACAACUGCAAGAGAUAGGAAGCAUAUUCCUAAACUCCAGAGUGCAGUAAGAACCCUUGAGUUUCUAAUGACACGAGCCAAAGCCAAUCGUCCAGUAUGGAAACGAGACAUUCCACCUGAGUAUGAGUAUCAUGAUGCAGUCCCCUUAAAGUCAACCAGCAAAAUGAACAAAACAAAGUUUAUGCUAAUGGUUAGAGCUCAGCUGCUUCAAGUUGGACGAAUUAAGUUUACAUCUCUAGAUAAUCAACAGAAAGUCAAAGAAUUGCUUAAGAAACUAAGUGAUAUGGAAAAGGAAAUAUCUGCUCAGAAUUCAGUCCUAAAAGAAAAUGAAGCCUUGCUUACAGCUUUAACAAAACAAACAGAUGAAUUGGAAAAGCUGUCAAUUGCAGAGCAACAAAAUGACAGCCAUCAAAUAAUCGCUGACAGUAAAGUCUUAGUGGAAACGAGAAUCAAGGAAUACAUGGCUUCAGCACUGGCCUAUAAAAAGAAUAAUCAAGUUAAUGAAGUACUUAAGCUAUUUAAAAUAGUUAAGACCCUUCGAGCACUGAAAGAAAGUUUGGACAAUGGGGAACUAAUAGAUUUGUCAUUAAUACCACCUCCUUUAACAACAGAGCAACAGACUGAACAGUCUUCUAGUGCAGCAGCUGAUUUGUCUCCAGUCAUCAUUAAACCAGUCAUAGAAACAGAAGAAGAUCGACUGGCUAAAAAACUUUCUCAGUAUCUAGAACUAGGAGAUGAAGGAGCUCUUUAUGGACAGAAAUCCUCUGUGAGCAAUGUCAACUUAAACCAAGCACAAACUACAGGUGUCUUACCUAAAGUCCCCAACGCUCUUAGAAAUGUCACAACUGACAGUCUUAUUCAAAGUGCUAACCAUACCAUCAGCUUGUCUACUGAAACUAAUUGUGAGCAUCCAAAAUCCUUUGAUGAACAUAUUUGUAAUACUGAGGAUGGUCCAUCGCUGGAUAUACAGAAUGGUCAUCUACAAGACUUGGAAGUGAACAAAAGCAUAUCACUUUCUGCAGGUUCUCAUUUGGGACAUCCACAAUCUACAGACAUUUACACUAGAAAAACCUUGGAUAGUGUUGGGUUCCUUCCAUGUCAGAAUGUCCCUGAACAUGAACAAGUAAAAGUGAUACCUGUGGCAGCUGUAAAUGCUGUUGAAGAUCAAUCCAUGAAUACCAGUGUUCCCCUAGUGUAUCCUGAAAGCUCUCAAAUGUCAGAACUCUCUGAUUCAAGUAUUCUUGGUCUUUCAGAGCUUAACUUCCAACAGACAGAUUGUAAAAGUAAUGCUCCUUCAAGUCUUAAUUUGUCUGUGGCACAUUCAGAAGAUUUUGUCAGUAGUAAAUUUUUCAGUCUUCCUCUAGUUCUCAGUCAGUCUGUUGAGACAUUGCCAGAUGUUAAAAGUCAUUUUCUUGGACCUAGUAGCAACACUGUAACUUCCACAGAUAAACAGCUUAUCAGUUCACUUCUGCUUCAAAAUACUAAUCUAACAUUGCAAAGCAAAAGUAACAAAGUUCUACAGUCAGAAAAUAUAAAUUCAAAAGUCCAAAAUUUUUACAGCACUUUAAAUGAAUCUUCAGAAUUUCAAGACCUGAUGGACUCAAUGGUGAUGCCAACUCCAGUAAAUAAUGCUCCAGCAAAGUUAUCGGAGGCCAGUGUGACACACAUUGAAAUGAAUGCCAAUGUUGGUUCAGAGACUACCUUAAAUCAUUCAUUUACUGACACAAAAACAUCUUCAAAGAACAUAGAAAAUUCAUCUGAUUUAACUUAUGCUGAAAGCAGAAAUCAACUGUACCAGAAAAAUUCUCUCUCAGACAUCAAGGAUCAAAACUUUACAUUUCAAAAAUAUAUUCCAAGUGUCACAUCUGCUGGCCAACCCAGUGCUUGGCUCAAUUCUAAUAUACCACUGGACAACACAAUAAAAAAUUCCUUUCUAACACAGUCGCAGAAUCCAGUAGGAAGCCAAACAACAUGUGUUCAAGACUACACUUCCCAUACUGAGUAUGAUAGUUUGAGCAACAGUGUUGAGUUUACUUGUAUAGAAAAUCUCAAAUAUGAUUUUCUCAUCAAAGAAGCCAAAGAAUCAGCCGAAUGUCAAGAAGAAGCUCUGAGUCUACGUCACAGAUUUGAGGAAAUAAAAAAAAUUUUACUAACAGGAAGCAUUGAAAUUUGGGAAGAAUACAAGUCCUGUGUAGAGAGUGAGUUAGCGUCUUUCAUCAAACAAAUAGAAACUCUUAGAGUACACCACAGAUGGUCAGAAAUGAGAAUUCUAUCUGAGAAAAAACAAAUAGCAGAAAGAGAGCUUGCAAUUUUGAGAGAAAGACUUCCAGAGCUGAAGAUAUGAGAAGACUUUUAUGCUUUGUAAGAGAUCUUCAUCUUUUACAAAAGUUUGGUUUCUACAAUUGUUGAAUCUGUGCCUGGUUAUCUAUGUUACCCUUUACUUUAUCACUAUACACCAAAUGUUAUUGUUGCAUUCUUUGUUGACCUUGUAUUUACACUUGUUUGUUGCUCACCUUGUCUGACAUGUUUUGAAAUACGGAAAUUAAAUCAUUUAUCCAGUAUCAAUUGAGUUCUCCUCUGCCAGUAGCUGAAAGUCUUUUAGCUAAUGUUCAACUUACUGCUGUGCAGAGAUUUAUAAGACUCAGAAUGUUCAGUUUUUGAUUGAUUCAUAAUUAGUAUCUCGUGUAUGAAUAAAAUUGAAGGUUUUCGUUAAUUGCAUUUGAUCCUUUACAGAUAAUUCUCAGUCAUCUUUCUCUUUAGAAAUGAGACUCCCACCCCCACCCCCCACUUCUUAUCAUUCUUUUUCAAUACAUAUCAUUAUGAAUAGUUUUUCUUUUUUUUUACUUUUGACUGGGGAAUUAUAAUUUUUUUGUGUGAACAAGUAGUAAUAUAUAUAUAUAUAUAUAUAUAUAUAUAUAUUUAAGCUAGUCUGGUCUACAUAGGCACACACUUGCUACAGCUAAAAAUUGUUCCUUUAUUUAAUAGUUCAUAUUUUCACUGUAAUAAAGAUUAACUUACUUAUGAUCACAAUUUUGAGCCCUCUCACUCAUUGCCAAAAUAAUUUUGUUGAAUGUAUUAAGAACUAUUGUUAUAUAUGAAGAACUUUUGUAUAGCAAAAAUUCUUGCUGUAUACCAAGAACUGCUUAUAUCUAUACAAGUGAUUAGGUUUAACCUGUUUAUAAAAAUGUCUAUUAUGUUAAAUAUUUAGGAUAAUAAAUUAAGAAACAGCUUUCAGUCCAAACCAGUUUUUGUUAUUGAGAAUUUGGUUUGGGCAAAGUGCUUCCUACAUCAUGUGAUAAAUCUUUUUAUUUCCAUGCAUAUGUUUGUGAAGCUAAUUGGCUGUCAACUUUGUAAAUGUUGGCUGGACACUUGACAUUCAAGCGACCCAUCAUCUCCCUUUCUGAGAAUGUAAUCAUCUUCUUUGCCAAAGGAGCAACUGUAAUUUUUAAUCUCACGAAGACUUAGUUCAAGUUGUGAUAUAGUGCCAAACAGAGAAUAUUGAUUAUGAUAGGGAGUGUUUCAAUUUACUCUUUAGAUGUGGCAAAAUGUGUAAAUGGGUAUGCAUAGUCACAUGAAAUACUGCAUUCAUUCUUAAUUUUUGGACAUUGCCUUUUAUAUUUAUGUGGGCAAACUACAGCUUGCAGGCCAACUCCAGCCCAUGGAAGGGUUUAAUCUGGCCUGCCACAUGUUUUAAAAUAAUAAUUUAAAAAGUACUAAUUUCAUUCAAAAUGUCAAGACUUCAACUUUUUAAUGCCAGGUAAACCCUUGAAGUAAUAUUGCACAUUUUAAGUUCUAUGAUCACUCAAAGCUGUUGUUUCAUUAGUAGAGUUUCAUUAGUAGCCUAAACUAAAUUUUGAUGUAUGUUUUAGGAUGCCACUGAGUCUGCCCAAAUUACUAAUGGUAGGUCACAAAAACAGAUGAUCCAUAGUCUAAGAGGGGUAUUACCUUUUUUUAAAAAAGAAACUGUAUUGAAACAUGUCAAAACAUUUUAGCCAUUAAAUGUUCAUUCUAAAUGUUUUUAAGAUGAGUGGAUUUGGAAGUACUUUUUAAAAAUUUUAUAGACAACCUUCGACGGAUUAACUACUCUGCUAACUUUUAAUAAUAACUACAUCCAAAGCUGAUCUAUAUUGAGAAGAACUAUUAUCGAAACACCCAUACAUUCACACUCAUACCUUUAUACAGCGUUAGUUUUAGUUCAAUUGUGGUAAUUCUGAUAACUAGAUCUAUAAUUUCUUAAUAAAAUAAUUAUUGCCGCCAUAAUUUUUCUUUCAUUUUUUGGCCCUCUCUUCAAAAAGUUGGCCCAUCACUGCUAUAACCCAUCAGAAAAUGAAGACAAUGAAAAGCUGUAAAUUUUUAAAAAUUAAUAUUUAUUUUUUUGGAUUUUUACUUUUUUCAAAAUAGUUUUUUUUUUUAUAUUAUUUUUUGUCUAAAUUUUCAUGUACUUAAAAAAUUCGAAACAUUUCAUUAAAAAGUUUUUGUUUCAGAUUGUUCUAAGCUAUAUAAACCUAAAAAAUGUUUGCAAAACUAUCAAGAUUUUGUCUUCACCAAUUUGUCUUCAUGUAUAUUUGUUUAAAUAAGGCUCAAAACUAGCUUUCUAUUCUACAUAAACCAUGACUCUCCCACAUGCCCGAUUGAGGCUGGUUGUAUAUUCACGCUAUCUAAUUACUACAGCUGUAUCCCAAUGUUUCUAAUCAUUUGAUGAGAUGAAUAAUAGUCUCACAUAAUCUGUAAUAUCAUUUUUAUAUACACACCUGCCAUUGUUGAAGAAAAGUAUUUAUUUAUAGAUUUCUUUUCCGUUAAUUUUAUUUUUAAAUAGUACUUUAUUUAUUAUAAGUUUUAAAAAAUCAAAAUCACUUUUUGUUUCAAUAUUACCUAGACCUAGCAAAAAAUCAUUUCUAAAACUGAAUGUUAUUUCACCUAGUGAAUCUGUUGUAAUGUUCAUUUUUGUUGUUGCUAGUCAAAUUAUAAUUUUCAAAUGAAAAGUUUGUUCUUGCGGUUGUGAUCAACACAGGGGAGCUCAUUCACAUCACAUUUUAAUCAGUUUUACCAAAAAACUUUUGUGGAAUAAUCUUACAUAAUUUUAUCUUGUGUUUGGCAUUUUGCUCAUCAUUACAAUUGCUGUAAGGGAGUUUUUUUUUUUUUUUAUUCUGUGUCUCUAUCUAUUGAAAAGUAUAUUUAACUAAGUGACCACACAUGGGUAAAUGUAUCAAUUUUUUUUCAUUGAAAAUAUUUUAUUUAUUUGUUGAAAAUAGUGUAAACCUUUUUUUUUUUUUUAAAGGAAUAUAAUUACUUUAACCAAUGCACAGUAACAAUUUUAGUGGGGUUGCACUAUUCUUUUUUUUCAUUAGUAUUAAGUUCCCAAACUGUUGUAUUCUUUGUUACCCCAUACAUUCUUAUUAGGUUUCCAAACUGUUGUAAUCUUUAUUGCCCCAUACAUUCUUAUUAGAUUCUCAAACUGUUGUAUUCUUUAUUGCCCCAUACAUUCUUAUUAGAUUCUCAAACUGUUGUAUUCUUUAUUGCCCCAUACAUUCUUAUUAGAUUCUCAAACUGUUGUAUUCUUUAUUGCCCCAUAAAUUCUUAUUAGAUUCCCAAACUGUUGUAUUCUUUAUUGCCCCAUACAUUCUUAUUAGAUUCCCAAACUGUUGUAUUCUUUAUUGCCCCAUACAUUCUUAUUAGAUUCUCAAACUGUUCUAUUCUUCAUUGCCCCAUACAUUCUUAUUAGGUUUCCAAACUGUUGUAUUCUUUAUUGCCCCAUACAUUCUUAUUAGGUUUCCAAACUGUUGUAUUCUUUAUUGCCCCAUACAUUCUUAUUAGGUUUCCAAACUGUUGUAUUCUUUAUUGCCCCAUACAUUCUUAUUAGAUUCUCAAACUGUUGUAUUCUUCAUUGUCCCAUACAUUCUUAUUAGGUUUCCAAACUGUUGUAUUCUUUAUUGCCAAAUACAUUCUUAUUAGGUUUCCAAACUGUUGUAUUCUUUAUUGCCCCAUACAUUCUUAUUAGGUUUCCAAACUGUUGUAUUCUUUAUUGCCCCAUACAUUCUUAUUAGAUUCUCAAACUGUUGUAUUCUUUAUUGCCCCAUACAUUCUUAUUAGGUUUCCAAACUGUUGUAUUCUUCAUUGUCCCAUACAUUCUUAUUAGAUUCUCAAACUGUUGUAUUCUUUAUUGCCCCAUACAUUCUUAUUAGGUUCCCAAACUGUUGUAUUCUUUAUUGCCCCAUACAUUCUUAUUAGAUUCUCAAACUGUUGUAUUCUUUAUUGCCCCAUACAUUCUUAUCAGGUUCCCAAACUGUUCUAUUCUUUAUUAAGGGCUUCCAAGGUAUUUCAAUUCCUGCUAUUAGGUUUUAAUCUAUUUUGAUGAAAUGGUCAUUUUAUCAUGUGUAUGCCCAUGACCUAUGUUCUUCUAAGAUUUAUUUGCUACUGUAACAUUAACCACACAAUUGAUUAAACACUUGAAAUAAGUUGUAUAAUAUAUCCCCAUAUAAUUUGUAUCUACAAUUGAUGUAUGUCUUAUCUUCCUGUUGUUUAAACUUAUUUGCAUUCAGUGACAAAAAAUCUAACAAAAUAAGCAAAAACCAAAAACAAACCCUCUCAAAUUACUGAUACAUUUAUAUUAAUUUAUCAUUGAAGGCUUUUAUUGAAUGGUGGUAAAUGUAGUUUUAAUGUAAUAUACUGGUAACUAAUUUCAAUAAAACUAUUACCAUCAAA